CUUUGUGCCACGCCUCGCAUGCAUAUCACCAUCAACCUCCCAAGCUGCCCGCCCAUCUUGGUGGUUUCUGUCGUCAACACCGCACUCGACGUGCCGUCCCCUCGCUCUGCACACACACGCGCGCGCGCACACAACACACCAGCCCCAGCGCCUGCCCUCUCGGCCACGGUCCUGACUGGAGAUCACGCCCAAUUGCCCGGGUCAGCCCAAAGUGUCAUCCGAGCACUGAUCGACCGUUGCUCCUCGGCGCCAUUGGCCGGGGCGAUCAGACGAAGCCUCUGCGUCUACCGGCAACAUCCUGGCGACAUCUCGUCGCAUCCCACAGACCUGUGUGGGCCGUCGCAGCCAUUCCGCCCCGAGCGCAUUAAAACCCGCCGUUUUAAACCCUUGCCCACUCACCCUCCGCCCUCAACUCAGUCGCUGGUCCUGCCCUGUCCAGCCUGUCCAGCCUGUCCAGCCUGCCCAGCCCUGACAGUGCCCUGUCCCGUCCCGCCCUGCCCUGCCCUGCCCUGCCCUGCCCUGCCAGCGACAGCGACAGCGAACCACAGCGAGCCACAGCGAUCCCCGCGUGCCUCGGGUCGGCCACAGCCAAGGGAGCGAGCUUGCCCAUUGUUGUAUUUGUUUAUUUCUUGCUGGUCCGGACUCUGUGUCAGAACCCACUGCGCUACUCCCAGCAGGGCGCCCGUGGUCGAGGUCGACAGCUCACGGCCCCGAUCUGGAAUCUACGGGGUCUCACCCUGGUGCGCCAUUAGUUCAUUGAUCCGAACAAGCAGUCCUGCAAGGUGUAGACUCGGCCAGGGGCUGCUACUUGGCUUAACCGAUCCUCAAACCAAUAUCACCUGUCGAGCAACUGCCUGCCCGCAGUUAUACCUCCUAGACGCCCCCCCCCCCCAAAUCCGCCAACAUGGCCGACGCCAAUGCUUCCUCCGACUUUCUCCCACAAAUCGGCCGCGAACGAGCAGACAGCACCAUGUCCCUAGGCGGCGGCUUUGCCCUCCCCGAGAAUGGCGAAAACCAUUCUAAUGGUGCCGGCUCCUUACCCGGUGACUCGGCUCCCGCGACGACCGCACCCCCGCCGAACGCACCGUCGGGAGACGAGAGGAUGGUGCAGGAUGUGCUUUCAUCAGAGAUCGGUGUUGCUACCAUGCUUAACAGGCUAAAGCAGAGCGUCGCAUCAGCAAAGGAAUUCGCCAAUUUCCUCAAGAAGAGGGCCGCUAUCGAGGAGGACAACGCAAACGGACUUAAGAGGCUGGCCAGGACGACAUCCGACAACAUGCGCAGGUCCGACCACCUGGGAGGCAGCUUUGCCAAGGCCUUCGAUGGCAUGAUGGGCACACACAGUAGAAUCGCCGAGAACGGGAUGCAAUACGCCAUGUCGCUGAUCCAGAUGGCCGAAGAUCUCAGCGAGCUCGCUGCUAUUGCGGACAAACAAAGGAAAGGCUGGAAGCAGGACGGGCUCGCCGCAGAGCACCGCGCCGCCGAUGUCGACGCACAGAUGCGGAAGUCGCAGGCCAAGUACCAUUCGCUGGCGGAAGAGUACGACAGGGUCAGGACCGGGGAUGGCCAAAAAGGUGGCAAGAUGUUUGGCUUCAAGGGCCCCAAGUCUGCAGCGCAGCAUGAGGAGGAGCUGCUGCGUAAGGUCCAGGCCGCCGACCAGGACUACAAGAACAAGGUCCAGGCCUAUCAACAGGAGCGCAACCAGCUGAUCACGACGACACGGCCGGAAGCUAUCAAAGCAUUGCAGGACAUCGUACGGGAAUGCGACUCCGGCCUGGUCCUGCAGAUGCAGAAGUUUGCAUCUUUCAACGAAAAGCUCCUGCUAAGCAAUGGCCUGAGCGUCAGUCCUCUGAAGAACGGGAAGUCCUCGCGGCCGGACUCAAUGAGUCUGCGAGAGAUCGUUCACAGUGUCGACACUCAGCGGGAUUUGAGUGAGUACUUGUGUGCGAACCACAGCAAGGUCCCGCCCAGCCGGGGUGAGCCCAAAUAUGAGCGGCAUCCCGUCCUCGGAGGACCGGCUGGCGGCCCUACGAUGUCAGGAGCCCACCCACCAACCUAUCAGCCUGCGAGAUCUCAGCCCCCCAGCCAGGGAACCGCCCAGCCUAGCGGACACUCGCGGCAAGAUUCUUUCCAACCUACAUCACCCGUCAAACAGCCGGCGCAAGAGCAGCAGCAGAUACCCCUCAGCCAGGAGCCGGAUUGGUCACGGGGUGGGAUGCCACCGAUGCCAGCUGUGCCGACGUCAGGGGUCACGUCCUCCAACCAGCAUGAGCGCAGCUUUAGUUCAGCAAGCAUGCUGAACCAAACCGGACCGACGGCCUCUCAGCCGCAGUACAGUAAUCGAAACUCGUUCGGCCCGGGCAUGCUCCUAUCCGGCAGCUCGAAUUCGCGAUACAACGAGAAGCCCGGCGUGUCGUCCCAGGGCCCACCGCAACUUGGGGCGCUGCCGUUCCAGGAGCCAGCACCUUUUUCGAACCCGCCACCACCAUUCCCUGCAGACAGUGGCCCUGCACAACAGCACGCGCCAGGCCCGAUGGGACCAGGACAAGGGCGAGGCUCAUCACCAUCCAGGACGGUGGGCUCGCGGCCUGUUUUUGGAGUCUCCCUCGGACGGUUGUAUGAGCGAGAUGGGCUGGCUGUUCCCAUGGUCGUCUACCAGUGCAUCCAAGCUGUUGAUCUCUUCGGUCUGAACGUUGAAGGAAUCUACCGACUGUCAGGGUCUUUGCCACAAGUCAAUAAGAUGAAGAGCAUGUUUGACACGGAUACGGCGUCACCACAACUUGACUUCAGGAACCCGGAGAACUUCUUCCACGACGUGAACAGUGUGGCUGGACUGCUGAAGCAGUUCUUCCGGGACCUGCCCGACCCAUUGCUCACCAAGGAGCACUAUUCUGCGUUUAUCGAAGCAGCUAAGCACGAUGAUGAGAUCGUCCGGCGCGACUCCCUCCACGCCAUCAUCAACUCCCUUCCAGACCCCAACUACGCGACGCUUCGCGCUGUCGCGCUGCAUCUCCACCGGGUCAUGGAUAACUCUGCCACAAACCGAAUGACGUCUCAGAACCUGGCCAUUGUCUUCGGGCCCACGCUGAUGGGAGGUAGCGCCCACGGCGCUAUCAGCGACUCCGGCUUCCAGUCCAAGGUGGUCGAUACAAUACUGCAGAACACGUACCAGAUCUUCGACGAUGACUGAUGUAGACCGUCGGGAUCGCGGAGCUGACGCUGUGUAUGACGAGCAGGGGCCCCGUGUCUAUACGCUGAAGGAAGGGGCCCCGUGACGGAAGCAGCAACAAGGAAUAGCCACACGAUUGCCCGGUGGCUCCAGCACCUGCUUGAGGUAAUUGCGGGCCGGAGGUUUGAGAUUGCGGUUGCGAUUGCAUAAAGGGGUGCACAGCAUGGCGAGCCAGGAUGGUGGCCUUGGUACGGGAGAAGGAGUUUGGGACAACCGGCGAAAGCCUGUUGAAGCUUAUGUACCUUUUGUCUUUAUCUGCGAGGCAUGUAGUAUUACCCUGGCAGCUUCGCGGGACGGACUAUAAUAUCUCAGCCCACAUAGGACAUACAUAGCCUUAUCCUGUUCAUCUUGUUG